GUUAAAGAUUUAUGAAUAGUUUGAGUUUGUAUUCGAGUCAUCUUUAAUUGGCCAUAUCGCUAGUCAUUAGUCAUUUAGAUUAGAUAGAUUACGAAAUAAUAGCGAGAAGUCAAAGUACUAAGUAGUCUGUAAAAGUCUACAGUAGUCUCUCUAAUCGAGUGUCAUUUAAUUUUUUUUGUUUGAUAAUUAUUCAUUAAAUAUAAUUUAAAAUUAAAUAAAAGUGUUAACUUCUACUGUAAAAAUUAAAUAUUUUGCAUAGUCAGUGUUUAGAUUUACACUGUAUUUUUUAAUUUUCUAAGGAACUGAUAUAAUAAAAUUUGUGCUUAAAUAUUAUUUUAAAAAUUUAUCUCUUAUAAAAAUGAUUUCGGUUUCUAUUAAUAAUAACAUAGUAUCGGGACCGGAGGAGCAGCUCAUUCCGGCCCAUUUGUCUUAUGGACAGUACAUGUAUGACCAACUAAAAAAAGGAGGAAAUGAAAUUGCAUUGGUCUCAGCAGAAACUUCAGAAUCUGUUACAUAUAGAGAACUAUUAGAGAACAGUGUGAGUGUAGCUGUUGAAUUACAAAAAUUGGGUUUGAAGAAAGGGGAUCUAGUUAGUCUUAGUUGUGAAAAUCGUUUUGAAUUUGUGCCUGCUGCCCUAGGUGUUAUAUUCAGUGGUGGUAUACUGUCAACUUGGAACAUCACAUAUUCAACAGGGGAAUUGGUACAUUUAUUACAUAUAACGAAACCUAAAUUUAUAUUUGUGUCGCCAAUUACCGCUCUGAAUAUUCAAGAAAGUUGUAAAGAGGUGCCUUACGAUAUUAAGCUUAUAUUAUUUGGAGAAGAUGAAGUAAUACCGGCACUCAUGUAUAAUAAUUUAAUUAAGUUGAAAGUUAAUGUGGACGAUUUCACUUUGACGGAUGUGAAUGGGAAAGAGGACCCUGUUGCUGUGAUGUGCUCGUCGGGAACUACCGGAUUGCCCAAAGGAGUUAUGCUUACGCAUGUAAAUUUCCUCACCCUAACUCAACAUAUGAGAUUUUAUUAUGACGCAUCCAAAUUGAAAGGAAAACAUGAUAUAAUUAAUGCACUAUCACUCAUCCCGUGGUUCCACGCGUAUGGAUUUAUCACGACCAUGGCCACUAUCGCAAUGCACAAGAAAAUCGUGUUUUUAAUACGCUUUGAUGAAAAGCAAUUCCUGGAGACAAUCCAAAAUUACAAGAUAAACGCGACGACCAUCGUACCACCACUAGCCGUUUUCCUGGCGAAGCAUCCGCUUGUACCAAAAUAUGACUUGUCAUCACUCAACGAGGUGUGGUGCGGAGCUGCCCCACUAUCAAGUGAAAUACAAAGAGCCAUUUCUAAAAGGACUGGCUUAAACUUCAUUAAACAAGGUUACGGUUUAACUGAGGUAACCAUGGCAUGUUGUGUCGAUUUAACUGGUGGGGAAAAAAUAGGCUCCUGUGGAACACCAGCUCCUGGCAUGAAAAUAAAAGUAUUGGACAUAGAAAGUGGACAAAAAUUAGGACCUGGCAAAGAAGGGGAAUUAUGGAUCAAAUCCCCGUUGACUAUGAAAGGCUAUAUGGGUGAUAAAGCAGCGAGCGAGGCCCUCUUUGAUAGCGAGGGCUAUGUGCGGACUGGUGACAUUGGGUAUUAUGACAAAGAUGGAUUCUUUUACAUUGUAGACAGACUUAAAGAGCUUAUCAAAUACAAAGGAUUUCAGGUGGCACCUGCAGAAAUAGAAGCAUUGCUACUACAGCAUAAAGGUGUAGCCGAGUGUGGAGUUAUAGGCAAGCCCGAUGAAUUGGCCGGUGAACUGCCUCUCGCCUUCGUAGUGCGCCAGCCAGGUUCUAACGUCUCGGAGGAAGAACUCGUCAAAUACAUUGCCUCUAAGGUGUCGCCAGCGAAGCAUUUACGAGGCGGAGUUAUUUUUAUUGAUGAAAUACCAAAAAAUCAAUCUGGAAAAAUAUUAAGAAGAGAGUUGAAGAAAAUGUUACUAACUCCAAAGAGUAAGCUUUAAUAUUGGGAUAAUUUAUUUGUAAAUGACAUUUAAUCAAUUUUGUAUUUAUAAUACUUUAUUUAUAAAACAUAGUUUCGUUAAUUUAA